GUGUCUCCUGUCUGGAACCGAGUGUGCCGCAGCCUGAUUGACUAACAUCAACACCGCCCAUAAAGCGGAACCAUCCAGGAAAUGAGCCCAGUUUCUAUCAGAGGAGCCGCGUCGGUCCGUUAACUCAGCCAGGCCCCGCACCAGCUCCCGCAGACUCCCGUCCUCCUCUCGGCGCACAGCCUCUCCGAUGCGCAGCAUCCACCGCUUCAAUUAAACACUUGUUUCUGCCGUUUGACCCAAACACGGUUCGCUCCGAUUUAAGGCUUAUUUCCCCACCGACUACUAUCUUCAUCAACGAUGGCAACUCAGAUCGAUAAGGAGGCUUGCAGAGAAGCGUAUAACGAUGUUAGAGAUGAUAACACGGAAACCAGCUGGGCUGCAUUCAAAUAUGAGGGCUCCACGAUUCUCCCUGGAGGAACAGGGGCCGACUACGAGGAAUUUAAGAAUCUGUGCACAGAUGAUGGACGUCUGUUUGGUUUCGUCCGAUUUACGACUGGAGACGCCAUGAGCAAGCGGGCCAAGUUCAUCCUCAUCACCUGGAUUGGAGAAAACGUCAGCGGGUUGCAGCGCGCCAAGAUUAGCACCGACAAGACACUCGUCAAAGACGUUGUGCAGAACUUCGCCAAGGAGUUCAUGAUCAGUGACCGCCGGGAACUGGACGAAGAUUACCUCUGCACAGAGCUGAAGAAGGCCGGCGGAGCCAACUAUGACGCUCAGGCCGAGUAGAGUGCCACGCCCAUGGUCCAAUGGAAACGCCUGGGUUGGGGUGGGGGGGGGAACUAGGCGCGGUUGGACUGGGUGGUCUUAAAGGGGGUGGGGAGUGUUGGGACGGGGCUGCUACCUCUCAGGAAGGGAUGGAGGAGGAAGAGGAGGAAUGGAGAGAGCACAGAUGACCACUAAAUAGAUUUUUACCAAUUAAUGUAAACUCGUGACAUCUUAGAGAAAAUGUUUGCUUUGUGUUGUCUGGCGGGUAAUUAUAUCCUCACUUUUAAAGUGUUUGUAAAAGGAACUUGUCAUUAUCUCAAACUGGAAAUGUCGAACAGAAGCAAACAGCUUUUCUGAUUUAUUAAAUACGAAGUGAAACUUCUUCACAAUCCCAAAUAUUAGAAAAGUUCUUUCAUCUUUCUAAACAUUGGUUUCUGUGGCGUGCAUGAGAAGAAAGCAUCCUUGAUGCUCCUUAAACAAAGAACCAACUGCUUAAUGAAGAGUUUUUAAUCCUUUGCAGGAAGAACUCAGAUUAGCAGGAUUAUUUUCUCAUCUUUAGGAGUUAAAACCGCUGAGCUUGUUUUUGCACAAAAAAAAACUGGAAGUUAGGGGGAAGCAAGCUGGAGCUUCAGGUAGUUAUCUUGAUGCAAACUGCACAAAAAAUAUUUUAAAAGCACCGCUGCCACAUUCUAGGUUGCAUCAAAUAAAACAGGUGUCUUCAGAUUGAGAAAAGUUUUUUUUCCUGAAAUCGUGAAUGUGACGAUCUAUGGCAAACAUGGCGGCUGCACAUGAUUCCAAAACUUAUGUAAAAAUGUUUAGUUUUAGGAACUAUUUUUUUCAAGCCCCUGCUUCCAUGUUUAGUAAGAUAUUUGGUGUUCAGAAUCCCUCUGCAGAAUCCCAUUUCUUAUCAAAUCUGAAACUGUUCAACAGUUGGAUGGACUGCAUGUUAAUUGAAUGUAGACGCAUAAAGAUGUUUAAGGAGUGUGCAGAUUUAUUUAUGCUUCCCAAGCAGUUAAAAGCAGAUUUUAUAGGCACUCAAAAAAACAUCCGCUGCUCCCACCGUUUGCUCACGGUCGGUUCCUACCGUGCUUAGAUCUAUCAUCUCACCUUCAUCAUCACCUCAGCUCGACCACAGUGGAGUAAAACAUCUGUUGUCUUCAAGCCUGCUGCAGUUUUUAAAGAAUAACCCGUUGCUACAGGCUUAUUAAAGGGUUCCACGGUAAAAACUGAAGAAUCCUGUAGAUGUGGCACCCUGGUAUGUGUUUAAAGCAAACUAUGCUGCUCUGAGGAACAGAUCUCCAUUUCCAGGGCUGUUUACAGUAAGUCUGAGUCAUCCUGCUGAGCCUCCUCUUCAUCAGCCUCCAGACGGCUGUGUUUGGGUCAACGAUCCUCUCUUAGCUCUCUUCAAAGACAAAUGAUGAGGGUUUGGAUCCGUUGGCAUAGAGACCAACAGCUGAUUCUGAGGCUGUAACAUAACUUUUUAAUGAUGGAGAUCUGUUCUUCUGGUGCAACGUCUCACUUACCUUCAUGCGUACUGUGUCCCACUGUGUUUUGCUGCCUUAGUCUCCCAUCAUGGGAGCUUGUGGACACUGCACUGUGAUUGGCUGCGGUCCUCCUAGAGAGGCGGGACGUGGGUCCAGAGCCAUCCAUCAGAUCUAAUGAGCAGCCACUUCUCGGUUGUAGUAUCUCCUAUUAUUUAGUGUCAACCCUCCCCUCCCCCUAAAAAUAAAUCAUUUUCUUGUCCUUUUUAUUUUCUGCAAAGAGUUUUACUGUUGAUUUGAUUUUUUCUAUCUUUAACAUUGGUGGAAAUGUUUUCCAGAAAAUCAUGCAAAAUACAAAAAUCAAGAAAACAGAAUGGACACGAGAUGAGACAUUCCAAAAUAAAACUUGACGUUUUCUUUUUCCAA